UUGGCAGCUGUGCGUUACGUCAAUGACGUCACUACCAGUUCGUCACUCCACUUUUGUGUUUUGGUGAUGUGUGAUUUUAGUUAAGUUUUUUAAUUUAAUUAAGCAAACCUCAAAACUGACCAUAUGAUACCGGAUGGCAGGGAAAAAAAACCGGUCGAAAGCGGCGCAGAAUUCGGUUUCUGCGGGCAGUAAGGGUGUCAAUGUGCCGACUAACUCGAUUAAGAAAGACGCCGACGAGUUGCUGGCUAUGACCAAGGAGCAACUCAAGAUUGAGUGCCGAAAAAGGGGACAAAAGACUAGCGGGAAUAAAGCGGAGCUGCUACAAAGACUAGGGUACAAAAUGACCUCGAAACGAAAGAACAAUUCCACGAACGGAACUGCGGUGACCCCCGAGGAGACGUCGUCGGGUGAUUUUAGUGAUACGGAGAGGACGCGGAAGGAAACUGAAAGGAAAGAGAGAGAAAGUCUGGUGUUGUGGAAGAGACCCAUAACGACGAUAGAAUAUUCAACGAAGGAGGUGUUUGUGCUCUUAACGACGUAUGGGAAAAGGAUCUUAGAACAUAAGAAAAUCGUUUUAUUACUAACAAUCUCAUUUCUGUUAUCGUACCUGUUGGUAAAAACUGCCGGCCCUCACCAAUCCUACAUUGACGUUCUAACCAAGAAACUUCUGUGGUGUUCAUACUGGAUAGGAUUAGGCAUAUUAUCCUCAGUAGGCCUAGGAACCGGACUUCACACAUUCAUAUUAUAUCUAGGACCUCAUAUAGCUGCCGUAACUCUGGCCGCUUACGAAUGCGAAUCGUUAAAUUUCCCGGAGCCCCCAUAUCCCGACGAAAUUAUCUGUCCGGACGAACGUAACCCGUUGGCUGUGUCUAUUUUAACAAUAAUGUCAAAAGUGAGGUUAGAGGCGAUGUGCUGGGGCGCCGGAACCGCUCUAGGGGAACUGCCGCCGUACUUCAUGGCCAGAGCGGCGAGGCUUUCCGGGAUCGACCCCGACGACGACGACGACGACUUGAAAGAGUUCGAGGAGCUGAAGCGCAAACAAAGCAACAAAAAGGAUCUCACCCUCAUCGAGCGGGGCAAACUCUUCGUCGAAGAGCUGGUGCAGCGGGUCGGUUUCUUGGGGAUCCUCGGCUGCGCUAGCAUUCCAAAUCCGUUGUUUGAUUUGGCUGGCAUCACCUGCGGCCACUUCCUGGUGCCGUUCUGGACCUUCUUUGGAGCUACUUUAAUCGGGAAGGCCGUCAUCAAGAUGCACAUCCAGAAGCUGUUCGUUAUAAUCGCCUUUAAUGAAACUCUGAUCGUGACGGCGCUGCAGUGGCUUAAGUACGUGCCGGUGGUGGGGGAAAAACUGCAAGUACCUUUCAAGGCGUUCUUGGACGGGCAGAAGGCCAAGUUACACAAAGGGGGCGCGCCGGGGGGAGACAGCGGGAAUAUUUUAGGCUCGAUUUUCGAGAAGUUCGUCGUGGCGAUGAUUUUGUACUUUGUGGUGUCGAUAGUUAAUUCGUUUGCUCAGAGUUACCACAAGAGGAUACACAAGAAGAAGAGUAAGGUCGCCAAGGACUAGAGGGCGGUUGGGAUUUGCCUUGAUUACUACAUUAGUUCAAUUUUUCACACUUAUUUAUAUUUCUCUUUUUGUUAUUUAAUUUUUUGGGAGGUUGUUUUUUGUUGAACCAUUCCGAUGUGCGUACUUGUAAGCGAGUAUUUGAUAUUGUGUAAGUAUUUACGUUCCAAUUUAUCACCAUUAGUCAAUUUUAGCGUGGUUGAAGCUUGCCUUCAAUGUGUGAUUUAGUUUUGUUUUCAAAAAAAAUAAAAAAAAAGGUAUUUAUAGA